AUGGUGGUGAGCCCUCCAAUCACCGCCCCUGCAGCUGCCACCUCACCAAUCGCCAGACAGGAGGGUGAGGCGGGCCUCCCAGCGGCCGAAAAGGCCUCGCUCCGCCCCGGAGGUGUGGCUAGACGCUGGUGCUCGCGCGCGCAAUCACGGCAGUCACGCUCCUUCCGCCCGCCGCAGUCCAGAUAUCGCGGCCAGCAGGGUCACAAAGCCCACCAGAUGCACUUAGAUGUCCAGAAACUCCAACUGGAUCUCAUCAACAGUGCACUUGGGCUCACUGGGGCAUUCUUUCAGUUGCCAGGCUGGAACAGCCAUGUCGCAGAUGAGCCAGCAGGGAGUUUGAACGAAGUGAUUCAUGGUUUGCAAAGUCACAGCAAACUACGGAGAGCUUGUGAGGUGCUCCAGAAACUGACGGCCUUUAUGCCAGAAUUUUCUAAGUCAGCUCAAGUAGAAAAUAUGCUGGAAAUGGCCUUGCUGGCCCUUGGGAAGAUCAAGGGAACAUUUCUACAGCAGAACCAGUUUUCUGAGUCUUUAGUGACUUUGACCUCUAUCAUUGCUUCUCUGAUGCUGAGCAGGUAACAGAGGAGGAGGGGGAGACCAAACAUGUCAACCUGGCCCCUGAGCUCCUAUACUCUAGGGUCCCCAGCAGCUGUGAGGUUAGGCUUUCCAAGGGCUUCAGCUUUGGAAGAGCUCUUGAACAGACAACCAGGAUUUAAUGUUCAAGUGAGUGGUGUUAGCUUCAGUUCCUUCAGGGAUUUUGAUGACAACAUUGUUGGAAGUAUCGAAAGUGUGUUGCUAAGCUCUAAUCAUAAAUUUUUCCAAGUCCAUGAUUUAGUGGAAGAUAUUGAGAUCAUGCUGUGGAGAAAUGUUAGCGUGGAAAUCUAUCCCACCAGCAUCAACAUGAGCUCAGACCAUUUUGUUAUGACAGUGAGCAUCACUUCCCUGGAGAAAUCCCUGAUCGUGUGCAUAGAACCUGAAAGUCCCCUUUUAAUGACGCUCUACCUGGGGUUCCAGUAUCAGCCUAACCACACCCACUUCAACCUGAACAUCACCCUUCCAAAGAAUCAGGUAUGGCAAAAAGAUGAGGAAUGUACAAGGGUGCUGGCUCCAGAGAGUCUGCAGUAUGGGAGCAGCGCCUACUACACAACAGCUGUGCUGAAUAAAAGCCAGUAGAGUGCCCAGCGCACACCCACCCUGCUCUAGGCGGCAACUGCCGUCACUCGCUGUCAUUUCUGGGACAGCCACAACAGCACGUGGGAGACCAUAGCGUGCCAAGUUGGGCCACAGAGUACAGUUUUGAGGACACAGUAACUGCCAGAGCAACUUGUCAUUGUGCCCCGGAUGGUGAACAUUGAAGACACUAUCAAGCUGCUCCUUCGUGUGACCAGCAACCCUGCUGGGGUGUCAUUGCUAGCCAGCCUUUUAGGAUUCUGUAUGCUCACCUUUGUGCGGGCUUGGAGGAAGGAUCAAACAUACAUGCAGAAGGUGAAGGUCACUGUCCUGGCUGAUAAUGACCCCAGCUCUGUUCACUACCUCCUGCAGGUCUCCACUGGCUAUCGAAGAAGGGCCGCCAUGCCAGCUAAGCUUAACGAAAUGAAUGUGGUUAUCACCCUCUAUGGAUCAGAGGGGCAGAGGGAGACCCAUCACCUUUGUGACCCCGAGAAGGCAGUCUUUUUUGAGCCAGAGCGUCUGGAUAUCUUUCUCCUCAGUACUCAGUCCUCUUGAGGGGAACUGCACAGCCUGUGGUUCUGGCAUGACGAUUCGGGGGCCAGCCCUUCUCGGUAUGGAAACCGGGUAAUUGCCAGUGACGUGGCAGGUAAAAGGAAAUGGCACUUCCUGUCCAACUGUUGGCUGGCCAUGGACCUUGGAGAGAGUGAGCAUGACCGGGUCUUCAAACCAGUCUCAAAGAAAGAACUCUUUUCCUUUAGACACCUGUUUUCCUCCAUGAUUGUAGGAAAGCUCACCCAGGAUCAUCUGUGGCUCGGGAACCAGUUUACAAGAGUCCAGAGGCUCUCUUGCUGCAUGACCUUGCUUCCGUGCGACAUGGUCGUCACCGUCACGUUCUGGAGGAAAACUGGCACCACUGCCCAGAGAGAUGAGCACGGCCAGCAUCAUUUCUGUCAUUACCUGCUCAGAGUUCUGCAGAGGCUUCAAUCUCACUUAAGCGCACUGGGUCCCAGUCAGGCUGACCGGCCUUGUGACAUCCUAGAUGCCACCAGUCAACUGCAAGAACUCCAGGAGCUCUUGGACAUACAUAUUCUUCCAACAGAACAGGGGCCAUUCAGAGAGGCAACCAGUUCCCCCCUCCUGAGCCCGGAAGAAGGGAAGAAGCCCAUCGUUAAUGGCCUGCCCUGAUGGUUGACUUGCAUCUCCUGGCUCCCUCUGGGUGUCACUAGCCCAGCUGCAGCCUUUUUUACUGCAUUUUAUAGUCUGGAACUGAACAAAGACCAGGCCACCAACUGGGUUAUUUCAGUGAUAUUAUCAGUGCUUCAGAACAUCUUCAUCAGCCAGCUAGUAAAGGCGAUCGUCCUCACAUUGUCCAUCUCACUGAUGCGGAACAGGAUGCCGUGUCUUACCAAAGAGAAGGAACAACAAACAAGGAGGAUCUUGGCACUCUUGGCACAAUGUUCACCAUUACCUGGUUCGAGAGAUAAGAAUAACCCCGUCUAUACAGCUCCAGCUUUCCACAGCCCGGGUAAGUGACCAGAAAGGACCUUGAAAGAGAAGAAACAUUUCAAGCUGACGGGAGAUAUUUUGGUACAAAUCCUCUUCCUCAUCUUGUUGAUGACUGCGGUCUACUCAGCACAGAACUCCAGUAGGUUUUACCUCCAUCAAGCUAUUUGGAAGAGGUUUUCCCACCGUUUCUCAGAGAUCAGACUUCUUAAGCAUUUCUACCCACAGGCCACUCACCUUCCUAACCUUUAUGGGGAUUACAGAGGAUUUAUUACUGAUGGAAACUCCUUUCUUUUGGGCAAUGUUCUGCUUCAUCACAUUCACGUUCCUGGUGCCAUACUUCUCCCAACUGGAGUAUCUCCCCAAGAACAAGUGAAGCCAUCUCACAAGCAGGAGGAUACAGAGAACUGUGGAGUCAACGGGGGCUCCCCUGAUACGAACAUCACAAAGUCAGACAGCAUUUGGCCUUAUCAGGAUCAAGAGAUACUGGGUGGCUAUCCUAUCCAAGGGGAAUUUGCCAUUUACUCAGGAGGAGGGUAUGUUGUGAGACUUGGAAGAAGUUCCAGUACUGCAGCCAGAGUUCUGCAGCAUCUUGAACAGAGCCACUGGCUUGACCAUUGCACCAAAAGCCUCUUUGUGCAAUUUGUGGUCUUCACUGCUAAUGUGAACCUGUUGUGUGCAGGGACCCUGAUUUUGGAAUCCAACAACAUGGGUGCCUUCUUCACCUCUCUGAGGCUGGAUUUAAGUUCCCUUCAGGCAUCCAAGAAGGACUUUGCUGUUAUCUCACAAGUCCUCUGUUAUCUCCUAGUCUGUUACUACGCCUUGGUACAGGGUCAUUGGCUGAAACAGCAGAGGUGGCGGUUCUUCACUAGGAAAAGAAACAUCCUGGACACGAGCAUAAGCCUCAUUAGUGUCAUCCUGGGUCUUGACAUGAAGCUUACUUCUCUGCAUAAGAAAAACAUAGCACAAUACCACUAUGACCGUAACAGGUUCAUCAGCUUCCAUGAGGCAAUAAUAGUAAACUCAGCAGUCGUUCACCUCAUGGGCUUCCUGGUUCUACUGGCAACUGUUCAGCUGUGGAACCUGCUGGAUCCUAACCCCAGGCUGCAGGUCGUCAGUAGAGCACCCAGCAAAGCCUGGGACAGCUUCCUGCUAUUCAUCCUGAUCCUGCUGACAGGCUAUGCCAUUGCUUUUAACCUGCUGUUUGGAUAGAGCAUCUGGGACUACCAAACUUUUUUCAGCUCAGCAGUGACUGCUGUUGCUCUCAAGAUGGGAAUCUCUAAUCACAAGGAGGUUGUUGUUUUAGAGCCAAUCCUGGGUUCUUUUCUGAUCCUCACCAGUGUCAUCUUGAUAGUACUUGUGAUCAUUAACCUUUUUGUUUGUCAUCGUCAUGGCCUUUGGUAA